AAACAUUAUGGGAACUGAAAAUCGCAUUGAAAAGAAGCAUUACGUUUUGGUGCAUGGGGCUUGCCACGGGGCCUGGUGUUGGUACAAGCUGAAGCCACGUUUGGAAUCUGCUGGUCACAAGGUCACAAUGCUUGAUCUUGCAGCCUCUGGCAUCAACUUGGAGAAAAUUGAAGAUGUUAAUACUCUUUCACAGUACUCCGAGCCUUUGUUGCAGCUAAUGGCCACAAUUCCUCCAAAUGAAAAGGUAAUUAUCGUGGGACACAGCCUUGGGGGACUCAAUAUAGCACUUGCCAUGGAUAAAUUCCCAGAAAAGGUAGCAGUUGGUGUUUUCUUAUCAGCUUUUGCUCCAGACACUGAACAUAAGCCCUCCUAUGUCACGGACAAGUACAAUGAGACUAUGCCUAAGGGGCAUUGGUUGGACUCUGAAUUCCCCGAAGAUGGAAACAAAACUUUACUUCUUUUCGGUCGCAAGAUGUUGGCGGAGAAACUCUACCAAGUCGGCUCAAUUGAGGAUCUAGAAUUGGGCAAGACUUUACUAAGGCCAUCAUCAUUCUUUUCCGAAGACUUGUCUCAGCAGUGCAACUUCUCCAAACAGGGAUAUGGGUCAGUUCCAUGUGCUUUUAUUGUUUGCACUGAGGACUUUGCAAUUCCAUUGAAAUUCCAGCUUUGGAUGAUUCAAAAUGCUGGGAUCAAUGAUGUUCUGGAGAUCAAAGGUGCUGAUCAUAUGGCUAUGCUUAGCAAGCCUCAACAAGUGUGCGAUUCUCUCCUGCAGAUAGCUACUAAAUACGCAUGAAUUCGUGAAACAGGCUUUAUUUGUUGUGUUUGAAAUUGUGUUUUGUUGGAAUAACUAAGUCGUCUCGCUUGGAAUGAUGAGACACAUGAAUAAAGUGACGUUCUU